AUGGCCGCAGAGACAGAAAACACUCUCCAGAAGGUCGACUCUUUGACCGACCACCAGGAUGGCGCCGCUAAGAAGGGCCACCGCAGAGUCAGCUCCAUGGCUGCUGAUGUCUACCGGAUCGAGGAUCUAGAGAAGGAAGGCAAGAAGAUCGAGAUCGCAAUCGAAACCCAGAAGCUGAAUUGGAAGCUGAACAAGUCACCGACCACUGUCGAAGACCCAUCAGUCUUGAAGAUGCCACUCACCGAGCCCAAGCUCAAGUCCAUCGCCCUGCACUUCCCGCUAGGCCUAGAAGUCACCGCACGGAACAUGAAGGGUGUCACUAUCAAGGAUGCACUAGAUGCCAUCCACAAGCAGUUCAAGAAGCGCGCAGACGACGAGUUCGAGAAGCCAUACCUAAUGGGCUUUGAAUGGGACCCAGAGGAGUGCUACACCCGCUUUAUCGUCCACCAGUCGGCCGUCCCGACAGUAAAGAACGACUUCGGCUCAAGCAAGAAGAAGAAGAAGAACAAGGCUGAGGGCGAGGAGGGUUCCUAA